UCCCUUGGUUACCUGCUGCUUGUCUCAGACUCAGCCUCUUCCUCCCGAGGUGUUUAUUAACUCCAGCUCAGGAAGACCUUGAGCGGGGGAAAGAAUGGAGUCUUUUGUAUCGGGAUCAGCCUUUUGAAUUCGCCUUCCUUCCACCGCACCUAUUCACUAGGGCAGAGGCGUCUAGCUCGGGCAGGUAACUUUCAGGUCUCCGCCUCUUCUGUUUCAGUGUAAGGCGGGCGCAUCAGCGAAGGUCAACCUGUUUGAGAAUUCUGUACUUGAAACCUGUACUGUGGACACUUUUGUGAUAAGGGCAUCCUUUUUCCAUCUAUGAAUUCUGUUCUACAGCUUCAAGUGGAGACCAUUAUUUGAUCUUGAAGUAUUUACUUAGGUUGCUUGGGCAGUCUUGCCUAAAGAUAUGCUAAAAAUGCUAGCUAUUUGAGCCAAAUCUUAUUCUUAAGUUCCCUUCAAGGUAGGGAGGUGCAUUUUUUCCCCCUUUUCAUUUCGUUUCACUUUUAGAGUAAAGUAUUUCUUCUUGGAGGAGAAAUCAGUAAUUAAAACUUUCUCCUGCCAGGGGAUGAGGCCAUCUGAAGGCCAUUCAAGGGGCUGGGAGCAUUCAAGUACCCAAAUGAGAAGAACGAGCAGGUCCUGCAAAAGGACAUGUUAUAUUAACAUCAGGGAAAAACACCUUUGCUGGGCUUAAAUUGGACUAGAUCUAAUAGACAGUUUCUUGGCUGGGGGGAAGGAUAUUAUUACUGCAUAAUAUAGCAGUAGGCUAAGUCUUGUGGGGAACCUCUCUAUAAAUUCUACCUCAUUCCACUGAAUGAGAAAAAAUAAUGCAGCAUGGUAAAGGGAUUUCCUAUGGAAGCAACAAGUACCCUGCAGCAUUAAGAAACUGGGACUUGACAUAUUUAAAGUUGGUUCUUUCUCUGUUGAAGGCCUGAUUUCCACCAAAUCCUUUUGUAUUUACUACAUUUCGUACAUUUAUUACAUACUCUUGGGAUAUCAUUGCUUUUAAUCAUGUUCCAUUUAGUGCUGGUGUUGGUUCUCCACUAGUGAUAAUUAAAUGGACUGCCUUGUGCUCAUUUCUCGUGAAUUCUUCCCUCCCCCCUGCAAGAAAGCAAGAAACACAGAAAUAGUUGUGAACAAAGAGGAUAGGACAGAAGGAGAAAAAGGAUCCAAAAGCAGAAGCAGAAGUGCACACAUUGCAACUUGCAGUGAAGAACAACGAUGUUAGAUAUGCUUCCUGUUCCUGUAACAGUGCACAGCAACUUGGAACUGUCUGUUUGCCUCAGUUCUUUCUGUCCAUACCUAUCAACACGGACUGAUUGUGGAGCAGACUAUGAAAGCGUGAUGGGCAGAGGAAAUGCAUGAGGUAGAUGGGUAGAGGCAAGAACGGAGAAUUCACAGUUGGAAAGUCUCGCUGAGAGAUUAAGCACCCAUUUCUCCUUUAUUGUCAUCUUCAAAGGCACUUCGUCAGUUAAUUUUUUCAUUUUUUUUUACUGGACUUUUGAUUUUGCCACUGGUCCCCUGGAAAAUAAUGAGGUGGUUUCAUCGUGACCUGAGUGGCAUAGAUGCUGAGGCCUUACUCAAAGCACGAGGAAUUCAUGGCAGCUUUCUGGCCCGGCCCAGCCGGAAGAACAAAGGGGACUUUUCCCUUUCUGUCAGGGUUGGCGAUCAAGUAACUCACAUCCGUAUCCAGAAUACUGGGGAUUUUUAUGACCUCUAUGGAGGAGAGAAGUUUGCCACUUUAUCAGAACUGGUGGAAUAUUAUACGCAGCAACAGGGAUCCCUGCAGGAUAAAGAUGGAACCAUCAUAGACUUGAGGUAUCCCCUCAACUGCUCCGAUCCCACCACAGAAAGGUGGUACCAUGGACAUCUUUCUGGUCCAGCAGCUGAGGCUUUACUCCAAGCCAAGACUGCACCAUGGACCUUCUUGGUGCGUGAAAGCCUUAGCAAGCCUGGUGAUUUUGUGCUGUCUGUCCUGACUGACCAGCCUAAACCUAGGACUGAUGCUACUGGAGCCCACAGCCAAGAACGACUUAAAGUUACCCAUAUCAAGAUCAUGUGUGAGAAAGGGCAGUACACAAUUGGGGGUGCAGAAAAAUUCAGCAGUUUGGCUGACUUAGUGGAACAUUUUAAGAAGAUAGGAAUUGAGGAGGCAUCUGGAUAUUCUGUGUAUUUGAAACAGCCUUUCAAUGCCACACGAGUGAAUGCAGCUGACAUUGAAAACAGGGUGGAAAUGCUCAAAAGGAGGAGUCAAGCAGAAGAGGCAAACAAAGGUGGUUUCUGGGAGGAGUUUGAUAGCCUGCAGAAGCAAGAGACAAAGAACCUGUAUGAUCGACAUGAGGGUCAAAGACCAGAAAAUAAGGGCAAGAACCGCUAUAAGAAUAUCUUGCCAUUUGACCACUCCCGAGUCAUCCUUCAAGACAGAGAUGUGAAUGUUCCUGGGUCAGAUUAUAUCAAUGCCAACUACAUCAAGAACCAGCUGUUCAGCCCUGAGGAAUGCAGUAAAACCUACAUUGCCAGCCAAGGUUGCCUGGAUGCCACCAUUAAUGAUUUCUGGCAGAUGGUAUGGCAAGAAAAUUCACGCAUCAUUGUGAUGACCACUCGGGAGGUGGAGAAAGGAAGGAACAAAUGUGUUCCCUACUGGCCAGAAGUAGGAAGCAGCAAGGAGUAUGGACCAUAUAUCGUGGAAAAUAAUGGAGACCAUGAUGCCCUAGAAUAUAAACUCCGACACCUUCGUCUUUCACCAAUCAAUAAUGGUGAGGCUGUGAGAGACAUCUGGCACUACCAGUACCUGAGCUGGCCAGACCAUGGAGUGCCCAGUGAGCCUGGAGGAGUUCUUGGCUUCCUUGAUCAAGUCAAUCGGAUGCAGGAGGGCGUCCCAAGGGCUGGACCCAUCAUAGUGCAUUGCAGUGCUGGGAUUGGACGCACUGGGACCAUCAUUGUCAUUGAUAUGAUCGUGGAUAUGAUCUCCACCAAAGGACUGGACUGUGACAUAGAUAUUCCAAAGGCCAUUCAAAUGGUCCGGUCCCAGCGCUCAGGAAUGGUGCAGACUGAAGCUCAGUACAAGUUCAUCUAUAUGGCCAUAUGCCAAUUUAUAGAGACCACCAAAAAGAAGCUGGACAUUAUGCAGUCUCAGAAAGGAAGACCAAAUGAGUCUGAAUAUGGGAAUAUCACCUACCCACCUGCCCAGAAGUCCUCACACCCCAAAGCUUCUAGAAAAUCCUCCAGGCAAAGGGAGGAACCCACCCUCUAUGAGAAUUUAGAGAACAUGAAAGGGAAAAAAGAAGAGAAGGGUCAAAAACAGUGGCCUUCAGGGAAGGAAAAGAAACCUAAAGGCUCUUUGAAGAAAAAGUAAUGCUUGCUGGCUCCAUUCACAGUAAACAUGUGGCCUUGUUCCCUGCUAGCAACUUUCUCUAGAGGUUUACAGAAUUGUAGAGGGCUGUCCAAGAUACUUUGGUCCUUGCAUGGAAAACCCAGAUGGUACUUUCUCCUUUCCUCAGCUCAUUCAUUUUCUCUCCUCCUGUGGUCCCUUACCUAUAUUAUUUCAAACUCUCUUAGACAUCUCUGUUUGGAUGUUUAUUUCAUUUGCAUGUGGCAUCUUUAACACGUUGCCCUUGUGCAGAUGGGGGUUCUCAGCCACCAGCUUAUGCCUUCUCCUUCCUUACCUCUUAAAUCUCCCCAUCUUCCAGCACAUCUACUAGCUAGGUCUGCUUUCAAGUCUCGGCUAUUUUUGAGUCCGUGCCAAGUACCUUGCUCUUCAGUCUAGAUGCUAAAACUUCUGCUUGUUCUCUGAAUUCCCUAGACCUCUCCAAAAGGGCCUUGUCCUUCUCAUUUUUUGGAAUGCAGCCCUUGCUAGAUGGUUCCAAGCCUAGAAUGGAUCCAGAGCUGGCAAACUCUGCACUUCCGCUUUGGGCCAUUCCAGUUACUGUAUUGGACCAAGAAGCUGGAUACACUGCUUUUAAAUAAGCAUUGCUUCCAUAGCUUUACCUUUACAAUCCAGUUUUUCCUACUGCCUGUUUGAAACUUCAUCAGAUCAAAGCUGACCGGGUUCCAUUUACAGCUGGGAACCAUAAGCUCAACAGCAAUCUGUCUAGUCACCAACCAUUUGCAAUUGCACUCUGUAAAUAAACCAGAUAUUUGUUUGGUAUGUGCCCCCUCUCACUCUCUGAGUAUAUGUAUUUAAUAUAUUAACUGGAAUUUGAAGCAGAGGUUCCAUGGGGACUCUUGGAUAAGCGUGUGCGUCACGGAGGGAUCCGUAUGUGUUGGCAGACAAGUAACCAAUCUGUCACUGGCAAAAUACAGGUAUUUGCUCCUUCCAGUGUCUAAGACUGCACGUUUUGGAUUUUUAAGCUUGCUUCUUUUUUUGUUUUGCAAAAAUAUGUGUAAAACUAAUGAACACUGAAAUCAGCAUGCGGCAUACAGUUCAGCACCCGAUAGAACUGUUGCAUGGAUGUAGGCUAUAAAUAUUUCAGGCUGCCCUGGGAUGUACCACGUAAUAUGUAAUAUUAAAAAUGAAACAUUACUGUACUUUUAAUUUAUUCUGAAAUCAUUUAGUUUUCCACAUGAGUUUAAAGGGAGAGCAAAAAUCAAAAGACACUUGGAUUAAAAUGGGCUGGGGGAAUGCUAGGGAUCAGAGAAAUGCUUUGCAGCCAUAUUCAGGCUAUGUUUUGUAUUUGUUACCCAUCCAGAGUCUGUUAGGAUUGGGGCAGACUAUAAAUAUUGGAAAUUUUUAAAUAAACAGUUGAUUUUCUCUGCA